AGCACACCUCGCUCAACCUUUGCAUAACAUUUCUCCAUUUCAUAGGGAAGGCAGGAGAAAAUGUGGCUAAGGUCGACAUGAAAUGUGCGAGCCACGGAGAUCUACUCUGACAGGUGACCAGAUCCAUAUGUAACUACAGCAAGAGGUCUGUAGCUCAUAUUUCAUUGCAUGCAUAAACCGAUUACGAUACCAGCACCAUUCAGCUGGUGCUGAACUGAGGCCUCCCCCCCAGUCACUCAACCUUGCCGCCAAGCGGCGCUCUGAAAGUUAAACUCCUCACUAGUCAACAGACAACUAACUCCCUCAUCUGGGGAGAUGCCAGCCCUACAACAUCACUUCUGAAUCCUACAGUGGCUUUAAUUAGAUCAAGGCAAUAUAACACAAACCACUGAAAAGUGCCAGCUUCAAUUAAAAGGAGUUCAAGGGUCUGCUGGCUCUUGUAGAAAGAGAGUGACAUAUGUGUUUGACACGCCUGCAGUCCAUGGUUUCACGCUUGAGUUAAUGGUGCCGCAAAGCAAGAGGAAAGCCUCAUUCAUCAAGAAGCAAACUGAACUACAAAGUGGAGGUCUCUUUCUAGAAGAGGCUGUACAAAUAAGAGGCAAAGCUAAAUGGAACCAUCACUAAAUGACACAGCUUUACCAACAGCAGCAAAAAAUGACACUUUGACAGCCAAACAGACCGGUCACAGCUGGGAGUUCUUCGUGGCCGUCCUCGUCGCAGCCAUCUUGGUCACUGUUAUUAUUGCCAUUAUGGCUAAAUAUCAGGUGUUUCGGCGCUUCCUGGCGAGCUACAGACACACGCGGCUGAGGGAGAGUGAUUCUAUUAGCCACUGUGACCCAUCAGGCCUGGAAGUGGGGUUUACCAUGCACGGAGGACGUGGAAUGCACCCUCACUGUAUGCCUCCAGUGAGCGAGGAGGAUGACGACGGCUUCAUUGAGGACAACUAUAUCCCGACAAGUGAGAGACAGAGGGCCGAGAGAGCGGCCGAGAACAUAGAGGAGGACACGGAGGAAGAGAUUUAUGACAGUGAGUUUAGCAUUGGUUAGAAGGGAUGUCUCCACACCUUCUGAACCACUGUUCUGGUAUUUGGGCCAGAAGUGAGCUAUCCAUUUCACUCCAUCUGAUCCUUUUCCAUGGGUUUUCAUAGUUUCUAUCUCAAAAACUGAUCCUUGGUUAACAACUGAUUAGAUGCAUAAAGAUAAAAAAAAAAAAAUCCAUUAUUUCUGGAGAGCUUGGAAAGGAAUAUCCUGAUGUCAAGCGCAUUAUCAUGGCAGUAGUUCUCAGUGUGGGAGAACAUUUCAACAUGUUCUUAUGAGAAUAGGCUUGCGUUACAAACACAUAUCAUGGAAACUGCUGGAUUUUUGAAAAUGUACUUGAACAAA